GUUUAACUGGUUCAGCAUGACGUUUGAAAAGUGGGUGUAAUCUCAUUGUCGUGCUACAAAAUAAUCUCUCCACCUCUCUAUAUGUCAACUAUUAGACAACUGAGGAGACACUCUUUGAACAGGGAUCACAGUUACAGAUAUGUUGCGAGGAAAAGCUUGGAUCCCAGGUUUCACUCUGCUAGUGCUGGUCACAUUAUGUUGUGAAACUGCUCACUGUCAACAUGAACACAAAGACGCACAUGUGGAAGACCUGAGACUCAUUCUGGUUGGAAAAACUGGAUCAGGAAAGAGUGCUUCUCGAAACACCAUCCUGAGGAGAGAAAAUGCCUUUAAAAAGGAAAUGUCACCUGAAUCUGUGACUAGAGGCUGUCACAGAGAAGAGGUAAAGGAUGGUGAGAGGAACAUUGUUGUCAUUGACACCCCAGGGCUGUUUGACACUAACAAAACACCAGAAGAAGUGAAAGUAAAAAUUGAGGAGUGUAUUGACCUGUCAGUUCCUGGGCCCCAUGCUUUUCUGUUAGUGAUCAGUCUGAAGGCAAGAUUCACUGAUGAGGAGAAGGAGGCUGUGAAGUGGAUCCAGGAUAAUUUUGGCUUUGAUUCUUCCAUGUAUACCAUUGUCCUGUUCACACAUGCUGACUUACUGGAAGGUAAAUCUGUGGCUAACUAUGUGGCAGAGAGCGAAAAUCUACGAAGACUGAUAAACCAGUGUGGAGGAAGAUACCAUUCACUCAUCAAUGACAAGAGACAAAGCAGAAUCCAGGUCAAAGAACUUCUAGGUAAGAUAGAGACAAUGGUGAAUUCCAAUGGAGGAAAACACUACACCAAUGAGAUGUACCAGAGAGCACAGAAGAAACUUGAAGAAGAGAGGAAAAAGAGGGAAGAGGAGGAAAAACGAAGAAUAAAGGAAGAGGAAGAGCGGAUCAGAGAGGAGGAGAAAAAGAUUGCUUGGUGUAAAAUGACGGCUAUGGCUUCCCUGACAUCGUUUCUCCGAGGAAUGUUAAUGUCAUCAAAUGUUCUUAUGUCACUAGGUGGAGCAGUUAUGACUCAGGGUUAUAAUUGCACAGAUGUGAUUUUUUAGCUGUGUGACCUGUGACCAAAAGAAAACAUUGAAGAGGGAAUUAAUGAUUAUAAAUCCUGUUAACUAAAUCUUACAUUGAAAUAUCAGUGUCCGUGCUUUAUGUGAUUGUGCGGGCUAAAAACAUUUCUCAAUAAAGUCUGAUUGUCAGUUUACUUC